AUGUUUUCCCCUCUGCAAAAUGGCGUGGAACAGAUCUUCCAACCGUGGGUCAUACGCACGUACGGUGACCGGGCAAAGACGAAGACCAUCACGCUGAAGAAGCAGGCACGCAUCAUCAAAACACUGCGCGGCCAGGAGAUGAACAAUCCGGACAGUUCCAAGUUUCGAUUUUGGGUUAAAACGAAAGGAUUCACCACUUCGAGGCCGGGCAACUUUCAGGAUGUUUUCACUUACCAGAACAUUCCGGAGAACGAUGGUUGCAUACUUUACGCACCGAGCGGUGGCCUGGAACCGGGACAACCGUACAAAAAGGUGGCCGUGGUGGAAAACUUCUUCGACAUCAUCUACGGUAUCCACGUAUCGCUCGGUAGUCGCGCCAGUAGACACGCCGGCCAGAAGCGAACGUACCGUACGAUCACCGAAACAUACGCAUUCCUACCCCGGGAAGCCGUUACCAAGUUCCUGUCGCUGUGCGGCCAAUGCUCGAAGCUUACCACGAAACCUUCUUCACCGACGGAAGAGGAACGUAGUACCAACACCAGAUCGCAGCAGCCGCUGCCUGACCGGUUGCAAGAUCCAAGCGCACGCUUCGACAAAGCAACCUGUGACAGUACGCUCGACAGUGUUUCGCGGCGCAGCACGGCGCAAUCCGUUAGUCGCGGUUCUGAUCGAGACUACUCGCCUUCGCCGUACUACGAGUUGUUGCGAAACUUUUACGAAAGUGCCCGAUCGAGUGCGUCCAAAAGGGAUGUCCACCCUUUCAGUGCCGUUGGUGGUGCGCGACGAAUGGGCAGAAGCUCGCUGGAACUCAGAAGCCAUAGUGAACCGGUAGCGUCCGAGCAGAUCGGCGGUGGUCCUGCUGCUCGACCAAACAGUGCCACGGCUGUUGAAGUGGAAACGCUGCGGCGCUGCGUAAGCGGCGAAGUGCAACGAGCAGUGAUCGAAGAUCGGGUGGUGAACGGCGACGCGAAACCGUUGGUUGGAUUGAACAAUAAUUUUAGUGACAAGCGCUCGGGGGUGGCGGUGGCGGUGGCGGCGGCCGGAACGGGAAGUCAGACGAAAGCGCCCAUCACCUCGACGUAUCUCGGUGUGACGCGAAGCUUCGGGCUGGACGAUGACGAUGCGCUGAAUAUGGUGAGUCUCUUCUAUUACUACUACGGGUACUUUAGUAUGCAGAAACUGUGCAACGGUCAUCGUCUAUAA